UCAAUGGUAAUUGAAUGGUCGAUUGGCAAUUUUGUGUAUUGAUUGAAAAAACGAAAUUAAGUUCCAAAAAAAUUCAAUUGUUCCCGAAAUACCCUCCUUCUCCUACUGCUGCUAUAUAUAUCGAUUAUAAUCGAUAUUUGUUGUUCAUCAUUUUUUUUAUCGAACAUAUUCAUUCCUGCGAUAAUUUCGAUAUAGUUCCAUAAUGAGUCAUCAUCAUCAUCAUCAUCAUCAAGAACGUUAUGAAGUUUCACUUUAUAUCUAUGAUCUAUCCAAAGGGAUGGCACGAUCAUUAUCGACAUUGUUUUUAGGUCGUGAAAUUCCGGCCAUUUGGCAUACGGCCAUUGUUGUAUAUGACCGUGAAUAUUUUUUCGGUGGUCGUGGAAUUGAAAGCUGUAUUGCUGGUUCAAGCCAAUUAGGUGAACCGGAUCAGAUAUUAGCAUUGGGUCAUACAGAAGUAUCGUACAAUCUAUUUCUUGAAUAUCUUUUCUCAAUGGGUGAAUCAACAUUUUCACCUAGUUCAUAUCAAAUAUUUGAAAAUAAUUGUAAUAAUUUUUCAAAUGAAAUUGCCCUAUUUCUUACUGGUAAUGGCAUUCCGGAUGAGAUAUUGAACUUACCAAAUGAUUUUCUUUCCACGCCACUUGGGCAAACAUUACAACAAUAUUUGAAUACAUUAACAAUACGGCCAAAAGGUUCUGGUGUACGUUUCUAUAAUCCGGACGUUUGUGAAGAUAAUAAUAAUAAUAAUAAUCAUCCGAAACAAAUUUCAACGGAUUCAUCAAUAUCUACGACAAUAUCGAAAUCUGUUUCUGAUCAUAAUAACGAAAUACCGACAUCAACAUCAUCACAAAACAAAUUAAAAAUGUCGGAUGAUCAAUUGGUGGAAAAUUUUCCAAAUAAUAAUGGUGAAAAUAUUAAUAAUGAUGAUGAUGAUGAUGGUGAUGAUAAAGCCAUUGGUGAUAAAUUUACAACAUCAACAUCAAGACGUUCGUAUAAAUAUGAAGAUCCACCAAUUGUAUUCAAAGAUAUUGAUGGACUUGCAGCCAUUCGUAAAGUAGAAGAAAUGGUAUUUACAAUGUUGAAUCCACAACAACAACAAUGUCUGAAAGAAAUUGAUGAAUAUCUACAAUCAGAAUCAGGUGCCUGGGCUAUCGGUGAUGAACAUUUGGAUCUUAUCGCCUAUUUACUCAAUGGUGGUGAUGGAAAAUUUGCACCAAAUGUAACAUUAUUAACAUUAGAAGUGUUACAAGCAGCAUCAUUAAAAGAAGAUGUUGUUUUGAUUCUACAUCAGGAUCGUAAAGAUCAUCGUAUAAUGAGCUAUAUAAAUCGUAUUGAAAAUUUAACACUUGCCGAACAAGAAGAAAUUGUUAAAUUGUUAUGUAAUCUUUGUGGACAACCAUCAACAAUCGAUUGGCUAAUGUAUAUUAGUGAAUGGUGUGAAGAAAAUGGACAUCCAAAUAGUAAUUCACGUGUUACAAUUCGUGCAGCGGUACAUACAUUGCUCAAUGAUCAACUAACAACAUUACAACGUAAUGGUGUUUAUCUUAUCUAUAAUCUAUCAUUGAAAGAAGUUUUCGAAGACGUAUCAAUUGAAUUGGCUACAGCUGUAUUGCAAUAUAUGCAUAGUGAUCUACCAGAUGAUCAAGCAUUGCUUAGCUUGACGGCUAUUACAAGAUUUAUUGAAAUUAGUCCAACAGAUGUACCGGCAUUGAUUAAAAUGCUUGGACCCGAUCUAAAUAAAUAUAAAGGAAAAAAUGAAAAAAUGGAUAAAUUAUUAGCAAUGAUUGAUGAAAAAGUAGCUAAAUUACCAUCAUUUUCUUGAAGAUAAGUGUGUUUGCGUGUCACAAUAACAGCUUGUGUGUGUGUGUGUUUUUCUAUUUACUUAUAUGAUUGAAUUUGAAUCAAACAAUCAAAUUAUUAUUAUCCAUUCAUACUAUUUGAAUACAAUU